UACUAUUUUUAACAUUUUAAAGUGCUCUUUCUUACAUCUGACUUUUUUUUUUUUUAAAGCUUAGUUUCCCUCAUAUGCAUUAAUCUGAAGCAUUUACAUAUGUGGUGUUUUUCAGGCAUUGGAGAGAAGAUAAGUCUUUCUGAUCUCAUUGAUCCAAUACAGAAAGCCAGCUCACUUGCCCAUGUAAAGAGACAACUGAACAAAGUCAAUCAGACAAAGAGUGAAGAACUACCUCUUAGCAAAGAAGAGACUCAGAGAGCACGCACACCUCUUGAGCUGGAAGUAUUUAAUAUCCUUCAUAAGAACAAACAACCAAUAACCAACCCAUUACUGACUCCUGUGGAAGAGGCAGCUUUGAAAGCCAUGAGUGUAGAAGAGGCAAAGCUUCGUCGAGCAGAGCUGCAGAAAGCAAGAGUCCUGCAGUCUUUUUAUGAGUCGAAAGCAAGACGUGAAAAGAAAAUUAAAAGCAAAAAGUACCACAGACUACUUAAAAAAAGCAAACAAAAAGCAGCUCUGAAGGCAUUUGAAGAAUUGAAAAAAACAAAUCCAGAAGCUGCUCUAGAGGAAUUACAGAAACUGGAGAGAUCCCGUAUGGAGGAGAGAAUGACCCUAAAGCAUCAGAACAAAGGCAAAUGGGCGAAGUCCAAAGCCAUAAUGGCAAAAUACGAUGAAAGUGCACGCAAAGCAAUGCAAGAGCAACUAGAGCAGAACAAGGAGCUUACUAGAAAGAUUGAGAUUGUGUCCAGCAGUGAAGACAACGAAGAUGCAGAAGAUGAAAUAAUUCCUGCCUUUGUUAAUGAUGCCCAAAUGAAUCUUGAAGGUCCAAACCCAUGGAUGACUGGAAAGCUGAGCAGUGAAGCAAAGGAUUCUGGGAACGAAGCCGCUGUUACAGACACACAACCUUCUCAGUUAAUCACAGAUAAUCCUGAUGAGCAAGAUGUGAAAAUUGAUUCUGAGGAGGAUCUAUCAGAAGAAGAAGAAGAGGUUUUGCUUCAAGAGUUUGAGGAAAAAAGAAGACUGAGAAAAGCAGAAGAAGUAGAAGACUCCAAUAAACCAAUGACUUCGGAAAAGCUCUGUGAUGCAGAGGCCGAUAUUGGAGAGGAUCAGGUAUCUCAGUUCAACCACCUUUUCCAGAGACUUUUAGAACAGAAUAAAGAAACCAAAAGCACAGCUAGCCCACAGAGGGGAGAUGAUGAAUCGUCUGAAUCUGAAAACGAAGAAGGGGAAGAAGAUCCGUUGCUAACUGAGCGUCUGGAAAGGAAACAGACUCUUGAAGAAGUCAGUGCUCUUGGAGGAGAAGAAUGGGAAGAUGAACCCAUUCAACAGAAGGUGCAAUCCUGUAAAAAGAAGGCACCAAAAGAAGCAACACAACCUAACAAGUCAGAGCAGGCUGGGAAACCAAAGCUUAUUGACAACAGUGAGGUUCUUCCUGUAAAAGCUCAGAGGAUCAAAAUACCUUUGCUUCCCACCACUGUGGAGGAAGAGGAGGAGGAGGACGGUGAUGUUGAUCAGAAGAUGAUUAUUCACGAAGCAUUUGCUGGAGAUGAUGUCAUCAGGGACUUCCUGACAGAGAAGCGUAGUGCUGAAGAUGCUGGGAAACCGAAGGACAUCAAUCUAGUGCUGCCUGGUUGGGGAGAGUGGGGUGGAACUAAUCUUAAAGUCAGCAAGAAGAAACGUAGAAAGUUUAUUAUCAAAGCUCCUCCCGCUCCUCCUAGGAAAGACCAGCGACUUCCAAAUGUCAUUAUAAAUGAGAAGAAGAACAUUAUGGUGGCUGCCCAUCAGGUAAACGAACUCCCGUUUCCAUUCUGCACUAAAAAUCAAUUUGAGAGCACCAUCCGCGCACCUAUUGGUAAUACAUGGAACACACAGAGGUCUGUCCAGAAAAUGACUGCUCCUCGGCUUAUUACUAAAAAAGGCCACAUCAUUAAACCCAUAACCGAAGAGGUUUUCCAGAAGAAUACAACAACCAAAAAGCCAGAAGUUGAACUCUUCAAGCCAAAACCUCAGUCUAAGCAUCAUCCUCACAAAGGACAGAAGAGGAAAAAGCAGGCACCAUAAGUUUUAUUAAUGAGUGAGGUGCUUGUAAAGUUUUCCGGGACAGUAGACUUGGGGCAUAUAGCAAACAGAUUUGUAACAUACCAUCCUUAAAACUGAAAUGUGCACAGUGAGGCCCAUUGCCAUCAGGGCCAAAAGACAAGUUUAAGACUGUAAUUUUCAGCAAAGAACUUUUGUGGAAGAUAAUGAUCACCUAAAACUUGGAUAUUUGAUAGAGAAUGGGAAAUCACUGUAUAUACACAUUUCAAUGGUUGUAAUAGUUAUGUACCCUGGUUAAUCGGGAUUCAUAAAAAUAUAUUUUUAAGUGUAA